UACAGACUGAGGUUUGGAUUGACCCGUCAAGAAUCAAGAACAAGACCAGGCCUCUAUUUCAUACUCUAUUUUUUUCAUCGAAAAAUUAUCUAUUACUUGUGGACAGUGGACAAGCGAAGAUGGAAACAAAAACAAAAAUCAUCUUUUUCGUGAUCAUGGUGGGCUCAGUAUCAAUGUUAACAGCAGUAGUGACAGAUCACUGGGCUGUGUUGAGUCCUAAAGUAAACACAACAUGUGAGGCAGCUCAUUUUGGCCUGUGGAGACUCUGUAAGAAGCAAAUCUACAUCGAUGAAGAGAAAUUUAUUGGUAAAAGCUGCGGACCUAUUAGUUCGCCGGGGGAAAUCAACUGUUCAUACUUCAGACAUUUUACACCAGGAGAAGACUCCGAGAUCUUUGAAGUUAAAACUCAGAGAGAGUACAACAUCUCAGCAGCUGCCAUAGCUAUCUUCAGCCUGGCCUUUAUAAUUCUGGGUACUUUGUGUGUGUUGGGUUCUCUCAGGAAAGGAAAGGACUACCUAUACAAGCCUGCAGGCAUGUUCUUUGCUUUCGCAGGUUUGUGUGCCAUUAUCUCAGUGGAGGUGAUGCGGCAGUCAGUCAAGAGAAUGAUAGAAAGUGAGGACACUAUCUGGAUUGAGUAUUAUUACUCCUGGUCUUUUGCGUGUGCGUGCACAGGCUUUGUACUGCUUUUUCUUUCUGGAAUCGGCCUACUGCUCAUCUCCAUGCCACACAUACCCAGAAACCCCUGGGAAAGCUGCAUGGAUGCUGAGCCUGACCAGAUGUAGAACAGGUCUACCAUACCACAGAUGAUAAACUUGUGCUCCAUAAGAAACUCAGACCUUUUCAUGCAAAAGAGGUAAUUUAUUGAACCUUUUGUUAUUAUUCUGGAGCAGGUACUGUGAGGAUUUAUGACAUGAUUUUGUGGGAAUUCAUGAUGGUUGGUUGUAAUUUAUGCACCUAUGCUGUGCAAGCUAAAGUGGUGCAUAAAAUGUGGUGUAAAUACUACUUAAGUACUACAAAGGCUCACAUUUAAUGGUAGUUACAGAUUUGCCACUGUUGUCAUAAGAUCAUUUAGAGAGUAUAGACCUAUCUCAGCAGACACAAAGUGUAAUACACCCCUUUACAUCACCUCAUACCAGAAGAUAGCCUAGCUUUUAAAAUGUAUAUUAUUAUAUGCAUUUAACAUCUUAAGAUGUAAAAAGAAUAAUUGGGUAAAUAACUGAAUCUUUUGUGUAAUAAUGCUGCACAUAAACUAUCCCUAUAUUUAGAUGGAUUACCAUGGUCAUGUUUAUGAGACUGAGAUGGUCUGAAAGGAAAAGGGUUGGAGAACAACCCUGUGAUUACCAGUGUAUUGAAGGAAGUGAUACAUUGUCAGUUAACACCUGGCUGACAUAUUUUCAGGAUGAUCUGUACAGUAUAAAUAUGCAGAGAGUGAAUUUUAAGUAAAUGCAUUGUAAUACACAGUGGUGUUUUCUCUUACUGUAAUCUAAUUUUGUUAUUUCGUUUUGUUUCCGUCUAUCUGUAGAGCAUAUUUCAAACAAGGUUUGUUGGCUUAGGUUUGUUAAAAAAGAAAACCAUUUUAAAACAGCUCCCAUGACUUCAAAAAUCAAGAUAUCGUGAUGCACCAUCUGAAAAGGAGACCUUAAAUCUAAAAGUGCCAAAACAACAGCAUUCUCUUUGUCAGUUUCCAAGACACAUAUAUUACACAACAUUUUUGUAGUCGGAAUUGGGGCUUCAUUGUCAUUUUUGACAUUGGACUAUUAUCCAUGUAAACCGUACAAAACAUUAAAUGUACUUUUUUUUGAGUACAUAAUUGUACCCACUAAGGACCUAUUGUGUACCUUUAAAAGUACAGUUAACUGUUUUUUUCUCCUAACAUUUACCUUUAAAGGUUCACAAGGGUACUUCGGGUGCUUUCUAAAAAUGCCAUUUUAUGCUCAUGUAUACAUUGAGCACAUAUAACUUAGCACUCAGCAAUGUUUUGGAUGUCCAGAAAAUUCUGUUACUAAAUAAACAUCAGAAAGCUGUCCAAUCACAUUGUGAUUUUAUACUAAGGUCAUCAGGUUUGGUAUUUAAAUGGUAGUGUGACAAAAUAACCCAUUUUAAAAUAUGAACACCCUUUAAGAACCAAACAUGGAACCAUUUAAGGCUGUU